AUGUCGUCUCUUGAGAUCAAGUUCGAUUGUGUGGUGCUGAAUGGCACUGUUGUCACAGCCACCGACGUUGGCCGAUAUGACAUUGGCAUCAAGGAUGGGAAAAUCCAUCUGCUUGCACCGGCUCUGGCGUUAGCAAAUGCCCCUGCUUCACGUGUGAUUGAUGCCGAGGGAGCAUAUGUUACGGUAUGCUUAGGACACCCAACCAUCUACUGGAAAGCUUUGCUGAUUCGUGAACAGCCUGGAGGCGUGGAUGCGCAUGUCCACCUUGCAGAACCGGAGCUAUUUGGCAAAGGAAGAAGUAUCGACGAUUACACCUCAGGAACUCGCUCUGCCAUAGCGGGUGGUACAACUACCAUCAUAGCAUUUGCUCCACAGGAGAAGACAAAUCCAUCCCUACUGGGCGUGUUAGAUGAUGCUCACAAGAAGGCCGCCGACAAUGCAUUCUGUGACUACUCUUUCCAUAUGAUUGUCUCAAACCCAAGCCAGCAGGCACUUGAUGAGUUCCCUAUUCUGCGAGAACGGGGCGUUUCAUCUGUGAAGAUCUAUAUGACCUACGAGUCCCUGCAAUUGCGCGAUAAGGAAAUCCUAGACGUUCUCCUACAGGCCAGGACACAUGGUAUCACUACAAUGGUUCAUGCCGAAAACGGAGACAUGUUGUCUUGGAUGACGGAGAAAUUGGAGGCACAGGGGCUGCUUGCGCCGAAGUACCAUGCCACUUCUCGUCCACCUCUCCUAGAGGGUGAGGCUACAAACAGAGCCAUUGCGCUUGGUCAACUCAUUGGAACCCCAAUUCUGAUCGUUCAUGUAUCAUCUCAGCAGGCGACCGACUGCAUUAGAGAUGCGCAGACACGCGGUCUCCCAGUGUACGCAGAGACUUGCCCGCAAUAUCUAUAUCUGACUCGAAAGAAUCUUGAUCAAGAUGGAUUCGAGGGAGCUAAGUGUGUCUGCUCGCCUCCUCCGCGCGAUGGUCCUGAGGACUUGGAGGCUAUUUGGCGAGGUAUGAAGAAUGGUACCUUUACCAUCCUAUCUUCCGACCAUUGUGCGUUUCUGUAUAAUGACGCAGAGACCGGCAAGAAAUCAGCAAUUACAGAAGAUGCGCCACUUGGUCGUUUCCGGCAUAUUCCCAAUGGAUGCCCAGGUGUCGAGACGCGAUUAUCUCUAGUAUUCAAUCAGAACCGUCUCCGUCCAGAGCGGUUUGUUGAGCUGACGAGCACAAAUCCGGCCAAACUCUAUGGAUUAUACCCGCAAAAAGGGGCGCUCAUCCCUGGUGUCUCGGACGCUGAUUUGGUCAUCUGGUACCCUGAAUUGGAUCCGUUCCCAAUCACCAAUUCAUCUCUCCAUCACGCUGCGGACUACACCCCAUUCGAGGGCCAUGAAGUAUCACAAUGGCCUCGUUAUACUCUGUUGCGAGGAGAAGUGGUAUGGGAUCGCGAUAACGGAGGUAUUACUGGCAGAAAAGGUUUCGGUCAAUUCCAGCAUCGCACACGUAGUGCAUUCUGCGAGGAACUGCCUCCCUGGGAUGUCUCAAGCUUCUAG